UCCAGGUGAGAGUCUGACCAGUACGCAGGUAAGCGAGGAGGGGGGAGGCAGACAGAAAGAGAAACUCUCGAACAAAGAACUGAGAUAAAAGGAGAAAGACGGAAAGCCAGAAUCACCUUGACAGUGACGAAGAAGAAAGGGAAAGAAGGUGAUGAUACCUUUCGUACUGUAAAUUCAAUUCGAACUUGUGAACCUUUUUUUAAGUCAUGAUGUACUGAAUUUGAGGAGGAAAUAAAUAGUGUGUAAGCAAAAAGGAGAGGCAAAAAAAGUAGAAAAGACACACAGACAGGAAGAUAUCAGAAUAAAUUAGGAAGGGAAACUGAAAGCCAGACGGAUGAAGUGCACAGGGGCAGACAGCUCACAGUGGGAGCGCAAGAUGCCCCAGAUGACCUCCUUCAUGAGGCUGCUGGCCCGGGAGACAGAGAAGAUGGUGUCCUUCUUCUUCAAGGGAGGACCCGAGGCUGAGGAGGAGGAAGGGCUGGACCGCGUCUACUUGGACCGGCCGGUGCUGGACAAGGAGACUGGCGGGGGGGGCGCGCACGGGGGGCUGCGCUAUGCUCUGGCCAGCAUGCAAGGCUGGCGGGCACAGAUGGAGGAUGCCCACUCGUGUGUGGCUGAGCUGCCAGGAGAGCUGUCCGACUGGUGCUUCUUUGCCGUUUACGAUGGGCAUGCUGGCUCCAAAGUGGCCCAAUACUGUUCCCACCACUUACUGGAGCACAUCUUAAAAUCUGGAAGGGUGAAGCAAGGGGGGGACCCGGAGACUGUGAAGAACAGCAUCCGGGAUGCCUUUCUGACCAUCGACAGCUACAUGCACCGCCUGACGAAGUACCGGGGCUGGGACAACAGUGGUUCGACCGCCGUGGCCAUCAUACUUUCCCCUGAGCAUAUUUAUUUCAUCAACUGCGGCGAUUCCCGGGCGGUUCUUUGCCGCGACGGAGAGGUGUGUUUCUACACCGAAGAUCACAAGCCGUUUAACCCUGGGGAGAGGGAGAGGAUUCAGAACGCAGGCGGGACGGUGACCCUGCAGAGGGUGAACGGUUCGCUGGCUGUGUCCCGGGCGCUGGGCGAUUUUGAUUUCAAGGAGGUGGAGUGGCGGCCCCCUACCGAACAGUUGGUUUCUCCCGAGCCGGAGGUGUAUGAGGUGGCUCGUUCUCCUGGGGAUGAGUUUUUGGUGCUGGCCUGCGAUGGAGUCUGGGACAUCAUCAGUAACGAGGGUCUGUGCGCCUUCAUUAGGAACCGGCUCCAGGUUUGCAGUGAUCUGAAGGACGUGUGCACUCAGAUCAUUGAUACAUGCCUGUACAAGGGUAGUCAUGACAACAUGAGCAUCAUCCUGAUCUGCUUCCCUGGCGCCCCCAAGGUGUCACAAGAGGCACUGCAGCGUGAGGCUGAGCUGGAGGAAGUGCUGCAAAGCAGAGUGGCAGAAAUCUUCGAGGAGUGGCAGGAGGAAGGUGUGCCUGACCUGAUCCAUGUGAUGAAAAACCUGCAAUCUGAGAUAAUCCCAGGACUGCCACCAGGGGGCGGGCUGGCCAGCAAGAGGGACACUGUUAUUUCUGCGUAUUACAAGCUGAGAGCGGAGAAGAGCGUACUUGGAGAGUCCAUGAAUAUCAACGUUUCAGACGAUUCCGGCUAAUAGCCUGUUUCUGUGGAAACAGAAUGCCAGCGUGUAACGUCUCCAUGGAAACACCUCCCUCACCUGCCCGCAAUCUUCCUGAACCCAGUCUGAAAAGCCAGCCAAUCACAAGCUAGCAUGGACUAUAUGUCCAUCAAUACAUGGACAAAAAUAAUUUGUUUUAAAAUAUGUAGGGUUAUAAAAGAUGCACAAUCCAAAAUGGCUAUUGUAGUGCUAUCUUCAACCAGUUUGAGAUUAAAAUCAAAUGUUUGUUCCCCCUUAAAUUUGUAUGAUGUAUGCAAUCUUGGUUCUGAGUGAUUCUUCUAGCAAUUAUUAAAAUACUGUGCUUUUGAAUUUUUUUAGAUAUGUCUACUGUAUGUUAAGGUUUUGCUCUACAGUUCUAUCUGCCUGUCCUAGAUAUAUGGGUAACACUUUAUAUUAAGUGUCUCCAAUUACUGUGUAUGUACAUAGUACUGUAGUUACUUAGUAAAAACAUGUGUACUUGCACAUAAUUACAAUGUUAUUAUGCAUAGUUACAAUGUACUUACUGGAUACAUUUUUUGCAUGCUAUAACCUCAACCCGAACCUUAACCCUUUUCUGAUGCAACUGUGUACUUACAUAUAUGGUGCAAAAAGAUCUACAAAUCAAACUAUACAUAAUGACAUCGCAAUUAUGUGUAAAUGUACUUACUAAGUGACUACUAUGUAAAUACACAGCAAUUAGAGACACAAUUAUAAAGUGUUACUGAAUGCAGUUGGUAAGCUAAUGAUGUUCUUCUUCUUAUUAAUUAAUUAGUCAUUUAGCAGACACUUUUAUCCAAAGCGACUUACAGAGACUAGGGGUGGGGAACUAUGCAUCACAACUGCUGCUGCAGAGUCACUUAGGACCUUAUUUGUUUUAUGUCUCAUCCGAAGGACGGAGCACAAGGAGUUUAAGUCACUUUCUCAGGGUCACACACAGUGAGUCAAUGGCUCAGCUGGGAUCUGAACUGGGAACCUCCUGGUAGCAAGCCCUUUUCUUUAACCACUGAACCACCAAGCCUACAUCUUAUGGAUGGCAUCUUUUUAAAAUCUACAUUAAUAUUUAACCUGGAAAAUUUAUAUGGUUUACUAUAGAUCUCUACAGAGUAUGACUGUAUUGUAUGUAAUCUGUAUUUGGUGUUGUUUUUAUUAUUUAAGGUGUAAACAGCUUCACAUUCCAUUUUAAUAGUUCUUUCCCGUAAGUUAUACUUUUUUUUCAACUGUCACCUUUCUACGUUUAGCAAUAUUCGUUCCAUUUCCAUUUACACAAACCAAGAUGGACAAUAUAGAGAACAACUCACUCAACGAAAAAGUAAAACUAACAUUCCUCGAUCAAACUGCUCAUGCAACUAACAAAUUAACCCGAAAACAUACUAAAUUAAUUCAAUUUCUGAGGUCUUUGAUUUUAAUUGAAACGUUUAGUUUAAACGUUUACUCUUGACAUCUAUGAUUGUCUCUACAUACAGGUUUCUUGGAAGCUGAAGGUAGAAAUACAGAUGAACUACGGCAGAUAAUCACUUCCAGUUCCUGUAGGUCACAUGAUUGCAGUCAUAUUGACUUGAAUCAUAGGAAGUGAUUUGGUACCAGGAAGCAGCAUUCUACCCUCCUUCCCUCCCCUUACUAAAUUAUAGGACAGCUAAAUUAUAGGACAGCCAGAGAUUAGUAGAAUCUGGAAAGGUAGGGGUCUGUGCCCCUAUGAUUUUGUUAUUUGUAUAGCUUCGUAUUACAAAACAGGGAUAAAAAAAAUCAUCAUAUUAAAAUACAAACUUUAGUUUACAUAGAUACUUGCAUACAUAGAGCAUAGAAGGACAUUUGAAGCUGUGUACCUUUAGAUUCUGUGUUGCCUUAUUAUCUGUUGAAUGGACCCUUAUGGAAAUGUUAAAUUAAUUAUUAAAACGUGUUUAACUUCCACUGUUACGAAUAUUCUUAGUGAAGGGUAGUGUACUGUAGCAUUUUCGACGGCCAGAAUUUACAUUAGUGUAUAAACUACAGGUGUACAUUCCAUAUCAAACCAAUUUUCUAUUUUUUUUUUUUAUUUUGGAAAGGGUCUGAAAACGCUUUUUGUGUUAAAAACACUUUCUUAUCAAAGAUUUUGAUAAAGUCCAGGACCUUAUUUGUCAAACUGACAAACAAAAACAACAGGUGCUGAAUAUUUAAAGGCCCAUUUACGUUUUGGCUUGUUCAGUUUAAUUCAAACAGAGAGCAGUUUGUUUAAAAACAUAUAGGAAAGUCCUAGAUGAACUCAGUCCACUUCAGUUUGCUUUAGCUGAACGGAACUGAGACCAUCGGUCAGUUUGGCAUUUGAAAUGAAAAUGUGAAAAAAUAUUUCCAAAUGAACUAGAUUUAUCUGGAAACAACCCAUAUGUCAAAAGGCCUUUAGUCCAUUUUGUUCCCAGUUUUAUUAACAGUACAGUCCAUUUUUUAAAAGGAUAGGUCAUCUGAAAGAGGUUCACUAAUUAUACACAUUACCUUACAAAAAAUAUCUUCCGUUACGAUAAAAGCAAGCCCUAGCUUAUUUUAGUUAUAGUUCCUAAAAAUCGUCUUCUAUGAGAAGAUAAACAUCCUAAUAAGAUGUCUUGAACGUUGGAUUUUAAAGAUGUUCCAUUGUUCGCUUUGACUUUUUACAGCAAGGAUACAGUUAGACGGACUUUCACAGACCCUGAUCAACACUAACCUUGGACUGCUCAAUGUUAAUUUAAGUAGGGUAAUCCAAGAUUAGAGCUAAUCAUUAGAUUUGAGUCUUUGUCAUCAAAAACACCCAAAUCAUGACCAAAAACGUUUGAUCACACAUUACUAUAAAGGUUCUAUUGAGGUUUCUGGUCUCAUUGGAAAACGCUAUAACAGUGGUGGUCAACCCUGGUCCUGGAGUGCCACAGGGUCUUCUGGUUUUCGUUCCACCCGAGUUCUCAAUUACUUAAUUGAACCAAUUAUAUUUUUAAUUGGUCAACACUAAACAUUUGUCCAGGUCUUUAGCUUUUGAGUAUUUAAAGAUACCCAUAAAACCUGCAGGACUGUGGCUCUCCAGGACCAGGGUUAGCCACCCCUGCACUAUAAAAUGGGCUAAUCAUUUCAAACAUUGGACCAAAAAAACAAAGAGGUCACUUGUUUGCCUGUGAAUGCUUGUUUUUGGUUACUGUCAAGCUGUCGUGUUGCAAAGCGUUACCUAAGAUAUCAGACAAUUAGAGGCAUCUGAAAUUCAUCAUCUUCUCCUCCAUUUCCUACUUUGUAUUAAUUCUUACCUUGAAAAUAUAUUAUUACACAAUAAAGAUUUCUUCUUGAUGUUCCAAA